GUUGUCAUAAGGUCGCUGUUUUCACGUUGUGAGGCUGCAGAGCAACCAAGUCAAGCGGACGAGGGCUUUGCGAGACAGGACGAGCCGAGAUCGAGAAGCAGCAGGGGGUCUCGCGGAGUUCCUCUAAGUCCAGCAGUCCACCAGCAGACCGGAGAGGAUCUGAGGACCUGCACCGUCACAUACGCAGGAGCUGUGCAGGCCGGUUCUCGGCUCAGACAAUGUGGGGAAGAGGAUGGGGGACGAGCCCAGAGUUUCUCCCCUGAAGAACUUCGUAGCCGGGGGGGUCGGUGGAGCUUGCCUGCUGCUGGCUGGACACCCGUUGGACACCGUCAAGGUGCGACUUCAAACUCAGCCCAAAGCUUCAUGCAGUCAGUACGUCCUCUACAAGGGAACUUAUGACUGCUUUCGCAAGACCGUGUCUAAAGAGGGUCUCCUGGGCCUGUACAAAGGGAUGGGCGCUCCACUGGUAGGCGUGGCCCCCAUGAUGGCCAUCAGCUUCUUCGGCUUCGGUUUGGGGAAACAGCUCCAGCAGACGGACCCUGGCCAACCGCUAACGCAUGGGCAAAUAUUCCUGUCAGGAUGUCUGGCGGGGGUCUUCACCACUGUGAUCGUGGCUCCGGGAGAGAGGAUUAAAUGCUUACUGCAGGUGCAGGCUGGCAGUGGCACGCCAAAAUAUUCUGGUCCUCUCGACUGCGCCAUGCGUCUCUACAAGGAGCAGGGCAUCCGCAGCGUCUACAAAGGAACCGUGCUGACGCUCAUCAGAGAUGUGCCUUCUAAUGGUCUCUACUUCCUGACAUAUGAAUACCUCAAAAACCUCUUGACUCCGGAGGGUCAAAGUGUUUCGCAGCUAGGUGCUGCUUACAUCCUGCUUGCUGGCGGUGUGGCUGGACUUUUGAACUGGACUAUCGCGCUGCCCCCAGAUGUCCUCAAAUCCAACUUCCAGACUGCUGCAGACGGCAAGUACAGAGGUCUUGUGGACGUCUUGAGGACGCUGCUUCGAGAAGAAGGACCCAAAGCGCUCUACAAAGGCUUCAACGCCGUCUUUCUUCGAGCCUUCCCAGCCAACGCGGUACUACUUCCUAACAUUCUGCACCCAUUGCUACAAAUCUACGAGAAUAAUUAUGCUCUCUCUUCCAGGCCUGUUUCCUGGGUUUUGAAGUGGCCUUAAAGUGCUUGAACUGGCUCGUACCUAACUGGUGAGGUAGCGUUCUACUUGGCCACCAGUUUGAACCAACAAACUGCCUUGACCGUCUGCCUCUUGUCUUUGGAGUCCCACUCAGGAAAGUGAGCCAGCUCCAUGUGCAAAGCAGUUUUCACUCUAUUUUGUGACUUUGCAUAAUGUAAACAAACACUAUUUUAGGUGCUAUUUUUCUAGAUUUUACAUUAAAGAAUAUUUAUAUUGUUUUUGUUGUAUUUAUGAGGGUAUAAAAAGUACCAA